AUGAGCACCACUACAUUACAGGAGGAGGAGCGCUGCUGUUCAUACCUAGAGCUUCGGUGGGAGUGGCAGGACACCCCAGUAUCUGACAAUGAGCACCACUACAUUACAGGAGGAGGAGCGCUGCUGGUCAUACCUAGAGCUUCGGUUAGUGACAGUGGUCGUUACUCUUGUAUGGCCUCUAACUCUGCAGGCUCUUCCCGUCUGGACAUCAACCUGCAGGUCCAGGCACCCCUCUCUGCUCAUGUAACUCCAUCCAUUCUCACUGCCGCCCUUGGCCAACCUGCUGCUUUCCACUGCUCAAAAGCAGGUAGUCCUAUCAAAAGCAUAGCUUGGGCCAAGGACGGCCAGAGUCUUCAAUCAGGAAACCCCUCGGACACCCUAAAGCUGGGGAUGGUGACCAAGGAAGACCAGGGCAUGUACCAGUGUUUCGUCAACAACGAACACGACUCAGCACAGGCAACAGCUGAGCUUAGACUGGGAGACACUCCCCCACAGAUCACCUACCGCUUCAUAAGACAGACCAUCCAGCCAGGCCCCUUGGUGUCCCUCAAGUGUGUAGCUUCUGGCAAUCCAACCCCCAAUAUCAAGUGGACUCUCGAUGGCUUUGCUCUACCCCAGAAUGAGAGGUUUGUGAUUGGACAGUACGUGCCUAGCCAUGGUGAUGUGAUCAGUCAUGUUAACAUCACAUCAGUGAAGGUAGAGGACGGCGGAACCUACAAGUGUACGGCCACCAACAGAGUAGGGGAGGCUUCUCAUAGUGCUGAACUAUACGUUUACGGUCUACCCCAAGUGAGGCCGAUGGGAGAGGUGUCUGCAGUUGCUGGAGAAGCCCUCAUCAUUUCUUGUCCCGUCGCUGGAUACCCCAUACACACCAUCAAAUGGUUUAGAGGCGAUAGAUCUCUGCCUCUGACCAGGCGACACGUCGUUUUCCCCAAUGGGACUUUGAUUGUGGAGAAGGUGCAGGCCGGAGCAGAUGGUGAUGGAGGCGCUUACCGUUGCACUGCCUCCGACAAGCUAGGGCGCUCUGCAAGUGGCUCUGUCCACGUCAAAGUCAUGGUACCACCUAAGAUAACACCUUUUAGCUUUCGGUCGGAUUUACUACUAGGAGAACGAAUAGGAGUACAGUGUGUUGUCAGCAAGGGAGACCCUCCUCUUACGAUCCAGUGGCUCAAGGAUGGUGUGGAGCUCGCCCUGUCGGAGACGAGCAGUCUUUUAGUCCGAGAGCUCGAUCAGUUCACGAGCAUUUUGAGUAUCAAUGAUCUCGCUCGCCAUCAUGAGGGGAACUACACUUGCUUGGCUAGUAAUACUGUGGCCCGAGCACAUCACACAGCAACUCUCUCUGUCAACGUGCCUCCAACAUGGGUGGUAGAGCCUCAAAACAAAGCAGCUAAGCUGGGCCAGGUGGCAGUACUGGACUGUAAGGUGGAGGGGUUUCCACAACCAACAGUCGUAUGGAAGAAGGUAUCAGGUGAGACACUAGGCCACUACCGUGACAUCACCACAGGGGUUCUCUCCAACGGUUCUCUGGUCAUCGACAACGUACGGCAAGAGGAGCAAGGACAAUAUCUAUGUGAAGCCAGCAACGGGAUAGGGGAGGGACUUAGUUCUGUUGUCACUCUAACAGUUAACGCUCCAGUACAUUUCAAGGUGAGGUCCAAGAAGGAGUUGGUUCGCAGAGGAGGCACAGCGGUGGUACAAUGCCUCGCUCAUGGAGACCUUCCGAUCAACCUCUCCUGGAGGAAGGAGGGUAGCUUCAUCGACCUUGGAGGAAGAAUAAGUGUGAAAAACGCAACAUCUCCUGGAGGGUUGAUCUCAGAGCUGUCCAUCAGAAGUGUUCGAACAGACGACAGUGGAGUGUACACUUGUAUUGGGCGCAACCACUACGGCCACGACCAGUCCACGAUACACCUACUUGUCCAAGACGUGCCAGGCAAGCCCUUCAACGUUCGCCUGGUGGACCACAGCAGUAGGCAAGUGCAGCUGUCUUGGACCCCACCUCAGGAUGGUAACAGCCCUAUAACUCGGUAUAUUAUUCGCUACGCACCCCUACAAGGAGAAUCUUGGCUGGAAGGAAGCCUCGAGACAUCUGUGGAAGGAAAGGAAAUCGUUGGAGUGAUGAGCAAUCUUCACCCAGCAACUACGUACUCCGUCCAGAUCAUCGCUGAGAACAGUCUGGGUCUGGGAGAGCCCAGCAUGGAGCUGCGGGUGACCACUGAGGAGGAAGCACCCUCCGCGGCGCCCAGGAAUGUCAAGGUGGAGGCUACCUCGUCUACACAGCUGGUGGUGUCCUGGGACUCUCCUCCUGGGGACCAAUGGAACGGGGUCCUUCUAGGACAUUACGUGGGUCACAGAGAGGCUGGUGAGGUUAAGAAACAAGGUAUAGGCAGCCAGAAGCAAUACAACUUCACUACGGUACUACUGAGGUCGGGAGGGGCCAAGGAGGAGGUUCGGCUGACGAGGCUAAGGAAGUUCUGCAAGUACGCCAUCAUUGUACAGGCUUACAACAAGCGGGGAGCGGGGCCUCAGUCUACGGAGGUCAUAGCUCAGACGCUGGAGGAUGUACCCGAGGCUGCGCCGCGUCAGGUGUCCUGCGAACCUACAUCUCCAGAGUCCCUACAAGUCACUUGGCAACCACCUCCAGAUGCUCUGGUCCAUGGUAUCAUCCAAGGAUACCGAUUGUUCUACGAGACCUCCGAGGAUAUGCAAGAUGUUACUGAGGUGCAGACAAAGAUAACGACGGCACUGACAACUAAACUCCACGGCCUCCUGAAGUACACUAACUACAGCAUAGACGUCCUGGCCUUCACUCGAGUUGGGGACGGUGCACGGUCAGAGAGGAUCUUCUGCAGGACCAAAGAGGAUGUUCCAGACGCCCCAGCAAACAUUAAGGCGAUGUUGGAAAAGCCAGACAUAGCGGUCGUAGCGUGGCUCCCUCCAGCCAAUCGGAACGGCGUGAUCCACACGUACGGCAUCCACAUACACAUCCUGGAGGGCGGCAACCUGAUCGACAAGAAGAGUAUGCGGCAGCCCGCAGGGUCAGGGUCUGUGGACCACUUGCGCUACACUAUGGCAGGGCUCAAGAAGAGGCAUGUCUACGAGUUCAGUGUCACCGCGUUUACUGAUGUUGGAGAAGGACAAAGUACUCCCGCAGUCACCGUUACACCUUCAACAAAAGUAAACGCAGGAAUCCUAUCGUUUGGAACCACAAAGGUGGUAGCUUGGAGAAGUGACGUCCGAUUUCACUGCCGUGUUGUUGGGAUUCCUGAGCCUAAACAAGAGUGGAAGAAUGGAGACGUGAAAAUCAACUUCCAGCAGCCAGGGUCCCGCGUGGAGCUGAUGGGAGACGGCUCUCUGAUGCUCAAAUCUGCCCAGAGGAGCGAUCAGGGAGAGUACACCUGCAGCGUGUCCAACGAGCACAGCCAAGAUUUUAUUACAUAUUUACUUUUAGUUCAAGUGCCACCGGACGCGCCAUUAUUGCUGAUCACAGGCAGUACGGCACACACCCUCCAGCUACAAUGGAAAUUAGGGGACGAUGGUGGAAGUCCUACCAAAGGUUUCGUCAUCCAUCUGAAGGCAGAAAGUGGGGAAUGGGAGGAAAUCAGAGUGGGAGGCAGCCUAAGCACCUACGCCCUCUCUAACCUACGCUGCGGCACUCUCUACCAUGUCUUCCUCACUGCCUACAACAGGGUUGGUAGCGGCAAACCCAGUAGGACUCUCCCCGUCCGUACCCGGGGGUCGUUACCGCUCAUACCCGUAGUCUCCCAGGUACUCAUCGUCAACUCAACGCAGGUUGGCAUACGCCUCAACGCUUGGCCGGACGGUGGCUGUCCCAUGUUGUACUUCGUCAUAGAGUACGCCCUCGCCAACGCCAUGGACUUCACUGUUGUUGGCAACAAUAUAAGUCCCGACAAACUAUACAACAUCGUAGGACUGACCCCUGCCACUGAAUAUCGUCUCCGUAUCACCUCACACAACUCAGCUGGAUCCACCACUGCCACCUACACCUUCGUCACCCUCAAUAACCUGGGAGUUACAGUGAUCCCAAGCCAAGUAGUUACUCUAGGAGAUCAUCGACAGCCGUUCCACAAGGACAUCAAAGUCGUCACACUCUCAAUAUUCUCAAGCAUUAUGCUCAUCCUCAGUCUUCUAGCUCUUUGCUUCUGCGUGAAAAGAAGAGACUUGGCACAAACCCCAGGACGCAUUCUUGAGGAGACGCAAUCAACUGCUACGCAAGACAACAAGCACAACCGAGACCAGUACUACGCAACCGUGCGCAAGCUACCACCCUCCCCUGCGCAUCUAGAGUGUAUACCAGAAUAUUCAGAGGACAUCCGACCUUACGCUACGUUCCAUGUUUCAUCCGCAGGGGAUGACACGAAACUGCAGACGUUUGCCUAUCGGGAGAGCCAGCUGUCGCCGAGCAGGAAGUCAACAACGCGUGUCACAGACGAUUACUGCAGGAAAAAGUCGCGGCAGAGAUUAAACGAAGACUACGACAGCUACGGGUCCGAGUCUGACACCGAACCAGGGAAUUCUAGCAGAGGGGAGUCGACCAACCAGCUGGACGAGAGAGGGGGAUUUCACGUCCACGGGGGUCGCAAACACUCGGGGAGCUCGGUGCCACAUGAGCCCCUCUACCCGGAGUGGGGGCAUGCGCAGUCUCCUAGUCAUACUAGAGCGCACGCUCAGUACCAGCGCAGGUACUACCACCUACAGCAAACCCAGGCGCUGCCUCGACCACGAGACUGAACUCAAACACACACUUCAACUAGUCCAUCUAACUCUUGUGUUUAAUUUAGUUUUAUUUUGAGGUCACAAGCUACCAGUAUCAAAAAUGCUCCCUUGUACAUAUGACUCUUUGCACUUACUUCAGUGUUCACAAUUUUGUAAACUUU